UUUGUGGCGGAAAAAUAACUAACAAAACCGGCUCUCUCUCUCUCUCUCACCAAAGCUUAUCUUACGGGGAGAGCUCCUCUUCCAUGGCGACCUUAAGCUUCAACCCCGCCAGAAUCAGAACCCCAGCUCUUCACAUUCGCAAACUCAACCCCAGCUCGUCGCCAUCUUCACAGCCGAUCAAAACCGCGAACAGAUUCCCGCCCAAUUGCCGUAUCAAUCAACAACAACUACGUCGUUUUCUAUCGAAUUCUGUAUCGGAAAGCUCGGUUUCGGCGCCGGAAGAGGUGGAAGUUGACGAGGAAGAGGAUGACCCGACCUUGGAGUUGGCCUAUUUGGAUCCUGAUACCGAUACGGAGAGCAUUACGGAGUGGGAACUCGACUUCUGCUCCAGACCUAUUUUGGAUAUCAGAGGGAAGAAGGUGUGGGAGCUUGUAGCGUGUGAUAAUUCCCUCUCGCUUCAGUACACGAAGUAUUUUCCGAACAAUGUUAUUAACAGUAUUACUUUGAGGGACGCGAUUGCGUCGAUCAGUGAAGAGUUAGGGGUUCCAUUACCGGAGAAAAUCCGCUUCUUCAGGUCACAGAUGCAGACAAUCAUUACAAAAGCAUGCACCGAGCUUGGCAUAAAGCCCAUUCCUAGUAAAAGGUGCCUUUCCCUGCUUUUGUGGCUUGAAGAGCGGUACGAGACGGUUUAUACGCGUCAUCCAGGAUUUCAGAAAGGAUCUAAGCCCCUCCUUGCAUUAGACAAUCCAUUUCCAAUGGAACUUCCAGAAAAUCUUUUUGGGGAGAGGUGGGCAUUUGUCCAAUUGCCCUUUUCAGUUGUUCAAGAGGAAGUCUCAAACUUAAAGGCAACUUUUAUGUUCGGUUCCAGUCUUGAUCUGGAUUUACUGGGGAUCGAAAUCGACAAUAAGACAAUGAUUCCAGGGUUGUCUGUUGCAUCUUCACGAGCUCAACCACUGGCAGCUUGGAUGAAUGGAAUGGAAGUCUAUUCAGUCGAAGCUGAUACAUCUCGCUCUAGUUUGAUUCUAUCAGUCGGGAUCUCAACCCGUUAUGUCUAUGCAACCUAUAAAAAAACUCCAGUAGCAACUGCUGAAGCUGAAGCCUGGGAAGCAGCAAAAAAGGCUUGUGGAGGGUUGCAUUUUCUUGCCAUACAAGAUGACUUGGACUCAGAGGACUGUGUUGGAUUCUGGCUUCUACUAGACUUGCCGCCGCCGCCAGUAUAAUCAGUGAAGUACUUUUAAUUUUUCUCAUUUUAAGAAGGUAGGUAGUCGUAUAAAGCAUGCUAAAUUUUGUAACUUCAUUUCAUUGUUGUACAAACACUGCAUAAUACAGGAUGUGGUUUCCUUUUGGAAGAUGAGACUAUUGACCAAAGUCUUGAAGCUUGAGAAAUGAACUAAAAAAUGGAAUACAUUUUAGACA